AUGCAGAUCAAGUCGCUCGCCCUCUUUGCCACCGCCGCCUUGGCCGCUGUCAAUGAGCCCUGUGUUGGUUCUGGCGGAAGAGCUGGCGUCUGCGUCACCACGUCGACUUGCUCAUCAUCUGGCGGCAUUACCAUUGAUGGAGCGUGCCCGUCUGAUGCUUCCAAUGUCAAGUGCUGCACCAAGGCUUCGUGCCCCAACGGUUCCGCUGGCAACUGUCGUUGGGCAUCGGACUGCGCAGGGAGCACACUGACUGGUCUUUGCCCGGGACCUGCGCAGAUGAGAUGCUGCUCUUCUUCUGCCACCGGCUUCGGAGGGUAUUCUGCCCCAGCUAUCCCCGCCGUCGGGGCCUGCAAGGCCGUGGCUGUUGAGGGUGCCAAGAAGGUUGUCGCUGCCUUCCCCGGCAGAGUCAGACAGAUUUACUGCACCCGGGCUUGCGCCUGUCCCGGUACUUCGGAUCACUGCUGCGGCAAGGCGAUCGAUUACAUGUGCUCUGAUGCUGGUGGUGUUCCCACCAUGUCCGGCCGCCAGCUCGCUGAGUGGGCCAUGAACAACCGUGCCAGCUUGAACCUCAAGUAUAUCAUCUGGGGCCAGCGCAUCUGGAGUCCUAGUGAUGGUGUCAAGGCCUGGACCAGCUGGCGCGCCAUGGAGGAUCGUGGAGAUGUCACCCAAAACCACUGGUAA